GCCAACAAAUCUUAUCUAAUAAUAAUUUAUGCAGAUGUUCAUUUGGUCCUGUAGCUUCGUGUGGUGGCACAGUAGCAGGAAAAAUUAUACCUAAAGCACAUAGAACUUUAUAUUCUACGUUUAUGUUUUCGGGAACAAUCUUUGGAGCAUUUAGUGGUCAUCUAUUUAGUGGAGUAGUUAUACCAAUUACGUCUCAUGGUUUAAGUUACUAUAUAUUGAGUACGUUUGCGUUGGGAUGGGUCAUAAUUUGGACUAUAAUGCAAUUCAAGAUGCCAUACAUAAUUAUAGAAGAUGCGAGUAUUCAUUCAUUAAGAAUUUUUACUACGCCAUGGAAAAUCAUUCUCAAAUCAAAAGCUUAUAUUAGCUUACUAAUUGCUUCACUUGGAUUUGGUUAUUUAUAUAGUUUUAUAACCACGGGAUUACCAAUUUAUAGCGCUAAAUUUAUUGGUGGUGACGCAGUAAAAAAUGGAAUAAAUGUUUGUAUUCCAUGGAUGUUAUGUUGGAUAUUUUCAAUAAUAGCUGGAUUAAUUUCAAUGUCAUUAACCAUAAAUAAUGGAAUAAAAAAAACUACAAUAAGAAAAACAUACGCUGGAUUAGUGCUAAUAUUAUCAUCAUUGAUGGUUUUAUGUAUAAGAUUAACUAAGUGUGAUUCUCUUCAAACGAAAGUGUGUAUAUAUUUAUCGAUAGCACUUUUAGCCUUCGAGAGAAAUAGUAUACGAAUAAAUUCAUUGGAUUUAUGUCCUAGUAAGCCAAAUUUGCUGGUAGUCUUAUAGCCUUAAGUGAUGUGUUUUUUUCUUUGGGAAAUAUUCUUGAUAUUGUAGCGGCUAGAAAUUUUUACAUUGAAAGUUUCAAUUGGGAUUUCGCAUUUUACAUAGCCUCAGCUUUUCCAAUUAUUUGUAGCGGUCCAUUUUUAUUGUUUGGAACGACAAAUCUACAAAAUUGGGAGCAAGUGUAUUACAGAUCUUCCAAUAUUUUGAAUCAAUGAAAAUGAAAAUUGUUUAACAUCUA